AUGUCGCUACUAUUUUACCGUCGCCCUGAUUAUCUGGGCCACGACAAACAACAGUUGACUGAGUCGAAAUGCGCCUCCUACCUAGAAGCGGCGGAGGCGAGUAAACCUCAUAUACCUAAGGAGCUUUGCUUUGACGAGAUUGUCAAGAAUAAUACACUCCCGCCAUGCUCUCUCAACGACUUCAUGGACUACCUCAUGUAUGUCGAGUACAACGCAGAGUGUUUGCAAUUCUUCCUCUGGUACUGCGACUACGUCGAGCGCUGGAGCGGACUACCUAAGGAACGAAAGGAACUUUCUCCCGCAUGGGAUCCUAGCAAGAUGCUACAGCCCAGGUCAACAGCGCACUCUCGGUCAAGAAGCUUGAGCGAGCAGACCGAGAGGAUGAAUCGGAUUCUAUUGAUACUGGAAAAAGAUCCCAAGGAUGGCGAGGGAGCAAAACGGCCAGGGAGGAAACCGCAAAGGACGGAAUCGAACUCGACCAAUUUCUCCUGGCCGCGGGGUUCGUCGUUGGAUACAAAACGCACCAAUGAGGAAACUGGAAGUGAGUGGCAGCAAUUCUCAGCACAGCCCUUCCGAGACGAGAUGACACGCAUAGUCCGUCAUUACAUCUCCUCAACUGGCCCGCGCCAGCUGAAUCUCACACACUCAGACCGAAACUCCUGUAUGCAAGCUGUCCAGCAAACAACUCACCCUUCCACCCUGCUCCCGGCAUUCGCGGCCGCCGAAGCUUUAUUAAAGGGCCAGAGCCACCCUAAUUUCAUCCGCUGGAGUGUAUCAAACAGCAACCGGCCCCGCGUCAUUUUCAUGCGAUGGCUUGCCGCGGCACUCAUCGUCCUCGGCUUCGCCCUCGACGCGGUCCUGGUUCUCUCCGGCUUGAACCGCUUCAUACGGAUGACGGCCCUGCCGCUGUGGUGUAUUGGUUUCUCAUUCCUCGUGGCGUCGCGGCAUGGGUUGUGUAUUAUUCUGCACUGGAAUUAUAAGCGGAAUCUUAGGCCUUGGGAGCAGUUCUCUGAUGAGGACUUCAGCGGUAGCGUACUACACGAGAACGACAAAGCUGACAGUGGUGAUAAUGGCAGCAAUGAGACGAAAGCCAAGAAAGACAACACCGAAAAGGAGAAGAACAGAAAAAGCCAGCACAAGAAGAAGAGCCCAAGUACUAGCAGUCGCAUCGCCAGCGCGGACCUCCAGGGCAAACCCAGUCUACAGUGUCUGGGAGGGCCCAUUGCGUUUGACGAGGAGCCUUGGGUGGGUUCAUACCAAAACAGGUCGGGUUGGAACAAGGUCUUCGAGGUUUCCAUUGUGACACAAAACAAGCACUUGCGUGCCAUGCAGGAUCGGGUGACCUUUGAGGCCAUGGCAUGGGGGACGCUGCUGGCGUUGGGGCUGGCGACGGGUUCGGUUUUUAUACCCUCUGGUAACUUCUACUAA